CGUGAGAGAAGGAACAAGCAGAUUGCGUGAGAGGCAGCAGAAAAGUCGACGUGAGAAGUAUUUUCCUGUUCAUCCGAGUGGCAGAUUUACCCCUUUCAACCCGGACAUUGACAUUUGUCAGGAGCCUCUGUGUGGAAAAUGGACUUUGCAGGUUUCGACAUGAUGCAAGCAGACAACGCAGAUCAGGACGGUGCUCGUGGCGAACGAAAAGAGAGUGGAAAGCGGGGCAGGAAGCCAGGGAGGAAGGCAGAAAAAACUGAUAUGCGAGCCAAAUUGGCCCAACAAAUUGUUUUAGAGAGGAGCAGGCAAAGUGCGCGCGAGUGCCGAGCCCGCAAGAAGCUGCGCUACCAGUACCUGGAGGAAUUAGUCGCCGAUAGAGAAAAAGCAGUAUUCGCGCUUCGGGAGGAGUUGGAGAAAUAUAGCCAGUGGAGUAAAGAACUGGCGCAGAACAACGUGCCACAAGGAAUGGAAGAUCUGCUUGCCGAGAUGGGCAUGUCGCAUGUCACUAAUGGAGCGAACGAGUCGUUUGACAUUAAGCCUUCCGUCUGAAUCCUUCACUUUGAGCGUUGUUGAUGUGAUAAUUUCUUUCAUUGAUUUUGAAAUAAGUGUAAAUUUUGCUCUUGAAUUACAAUAAUUAUAUAUUUAAUUUUCAACAAAUUUGGCAGUUACUAGUUGUUGUAAGCCAACAAAAAAUAAUAAUAUAUUUUCAAAAGUUUCAUUGUAAAAAUAACUUUUUUUGCUGCGAAGCACGAACGUAUCUUUAAGUAUAGGGUGUACUUUCAAUAAAUGAAUUGUAUUUUCUUUGUGUUAA